GACCCAAUAUAAGACAGGCUGACUGGACCUCUGCACCUUUGUGAAGACGUGUAAACUGGACAAUGAGGGCUGUUGUUGUUGGUUUGCUGCUGCUCGGUCUGUGUGGGUCAGGAGCUCAGGGGGAGGUUCAGGAGACGGAGACAAGAGAUGCAGGUGAGGAGACCACAAAGCAAACCACACCUGACAUCUGGGCGGAGGUGAGGGCUCUGAGGGACAUGGUGGUGGAGCUCAAGGUGGAGCUGAGGAACGUGGAGGCCACGGUGAAGGAUAGCGAGGGCCAGGUGGAUGAACUGAAAGCUGAGCUGAUCGUCACCAAGAUGGAGGUGGAGCAGCUGCAGAGAGAGACUUCAGACUUGCAGACCAGACUGAGCAGCAGUGAGACUGAACUUCUCCUCAGCAAGUCCAGGAUCGAGCAGCUGGAAAGAGAAAAUGCAGAGAAACCGAAGGUGGCCUUUUACACAGCUCUGACUGAUGCAAGAGACGUUGGACCAUUCAACACAGACAUCACACUGAAAUACAGCAAAGUCUUCACCAACAUUGGUGAUGCUUACAGUCCUCAUUCAGGUUUCUUCACAGCACCAGUCAGAGGGGUCUACUACCUCCAGUUCACUGUGUGUGGUCACCAAGCAGGUCUCAUGGGUGUCUAUGUGUACAAGAACAGCCAGAGGAUCAUGUAUAAUGGGGAGUGGAAGGAAGAGGCAGGUUUGGAAUUUUUCACUAACUCUGUUGUCUUGGAGCUGAUGGCAGGAGAUGAAAUCCACCUGGUUCUCCCAGCAGGUCUAUCUCUCUUUGACAACAGCGAUAACCACAGCACCUUCAGUGGCGCCCUACUCUUCACACUGUGAGGAUGAUUUGUCACAAACCCAGUCAUUGUUGGCUACACUGUGAUUUACUGCAUGUAUCUGCAUUUGAUUUAUCUGUUGUGUCAUCACAUGAAAGC